AUGGGCUGGGCUGGGCCAAAGGUCGAUAACCCAUGGGUUGGCUUUCUUCGGCCCAGCCCAGCCCAGCCCAUUCGGAUCUCUGAUACACAUAGUCAUAUAUUAAUAUUUACAUAUAAUAUCAUGUUGAUAUAUUAUGAUAAUAUUACAAAUAAUUUUCCAGCUAGAUUAUUUAAAUUUGUUGUUCAAGUAUGUUUACAUGAUGAACAUCUAUUUGAACAUGAAUUUUUUCUUCAAAUCCCUCAACCAUUCCCAUUUAUCAAAGAAUUAACUGUUGUUAAUCGUAAACUGCAGAACAACAAAUUACAUAAUGACAAUGAAGGUUUUUCAAUUAUUAAAUAUCCUUAUCUUACCACCAUUUGCCGUAUUGAAGCUCAUGAUGAUUAUAUCGAAUAA